CACAAUAUUAUUUUUUUCGCACGCACACAAUCUUUUUCUUUUUUUUUUUUUUCACUGAUAAUGUCUUGUUUAUCUAUCUAUCAUAAUCCCCGUUGCUCAAAGUCGCGUACUGCGCUUGCUUAUCUUGAGCAAAACCAGUCAAAAUACAAUUAUACUAUUGAUGUUAUCUUGUACCAAAAAGAGCCUCCUACUCGUGUACAACUGGAGAAACUAUCCAGCUAUCUCGGUUUAACUAACAAAUCAGUCGAGGAAGCGCCCUGGAAAAUCUUACUCCGUCCUGACGCUCAAAAAUUGGCUUCAACCUGGGAAGAAGCUUACCAGCUUUUGGAGUCUGAUCCCAAACAUCUUGAACGUCCAUUCAUUGUUGAAUUCAAACAGGGUAAAGCUGCAUUAGGUAGACCAGACCUUACUGAUGUCGAGGCUCUUGUUCAAAACUUGUGACUCGCUUAAUUUUUUUUAAACAUUUUUUUUUGGCGGUAACUUGGCCCCCCCUUGUUAAAAUAAUAAAAUAACCUCUCUCCU